AUGAAUAUGACACCAGCAUUAUCGCAACCGUCCCAAAACGGGAAGAACGGCUAUACCGCUUCGACCUUCGUGAAAAUUGAAGAAGCACCCGAGUCGUUACCGAAACCAGCCGAAGAGCAUUGGAAUCCCGAAACACACGCUCUCAAGAGAAAGCCCUCCGUUUUGGAGCAGAAACCGAAGAAACGAAACUCCAGUGCCAGUCUUGCCGGUUCCAAGGAGGACCCCCACUCUUUGGGCCAUAGAACCGUCACUUCUUGCACGCAUUGCAGACAGCACAAGAUCAAGUGUAAUGCAUCCGAAAAGUACCCAGAUCCUUGCUCCCGGUGUGAACGGAUGGAGCUGGGUUGCGAGAUUGAUCCUCUAUUCAGGCCCAAGAAGGGCUCCCAGAUCCAGUCGCUAAAGAACGAUGUUGACGAACUGCGAUCCAAGAUUGAGUUUUUGACCCGCAACGAAAGUCUCAUUUCUCAGGCGUUGGCCGUAACUUCUCCCUCCGGUGAAAAAUCUGUUACCAACACUUCGGGUGUGGAUGAUAAGCCCAAGGUGGCUACUACGGCCUUGCAUAGAGACCCUCCAUUGCUGAACACUGUCCCCGAUGUAACUAUCGAUGAGUUCAUACUCGGCGACGUCAGACUGCCAUAUGAAAAGGCUGCGGAGCUCCACCAGCGAUUCAUGACAAAUUACCUACCUUACUUGCCGAUACUCUCCUCUGAAAACUGCACUGAAUUGUACCAGCAAUCGCAGUUUCUGUUCUGGACUGUUAUGCUGACCGCAUGUCUUUCAGAUCCCGAACCGUCUUUGUACACUUCGUUGGCCUCAUUGAUCAAGCAACUGGCCAUUGAGACAUGUUGGAUUCGGACCCCAAGAUCCACACACAUCGUUCAGGCGUUGUUGAUCUUAGGUACCUGGCCCUUGCCUAACCAAAAAGUCCUGGAUGAUUGCUCCUAUAGAUUCGUCGGUCUGGCCAAGAACUUGUCCCUUCAACUCGGAUUGCAUCGAGGAAAGUUCAUUGGUGAGUUCUCCAGAACCCAGGUGGCACUCCCCAAUGCUGAACUAUGGAGAACCAGAGCAUGGCUUGCUGUGUUUUUCAGCGAACAGUUUUGGUCUUCCAACCUCGGACUCCCUCCCUCUUUGCAGACAGACUUCUUGCUGGAAAGUGCGCGUAUUGAUUACAGUCUGCCCAAGAAUUUCAGGUGUCUGAUCAGUUUGGCAAUUUUCCAGUCCAAGCUCGUGAGUGUGAUGGGUUUGAGUGUAACCAGUCCCGAUGGUCUAAUGGAACCCAAGAAUAGAGCAGGUGCAUUGGCGAUCCUGGAAAGAGAACUCGAAAGACUGGCUUUCAAACUACAGAUUGAUGAGCCUUCGGUCGAAAUAUACUACCUCUAUGUCCAACUGAUGGUGUGCUGCUUUUCGUUUCUUCCACAAACACCCAGCGAAGACCAAACCAAGUAUGUCACGCAGGCGUAUUUGGCCGCAACCAGGAUUGUGACUAUCAUUUCCAAAUUACUGGAAAAAAGGCAAUUGAGUGAGUAUCCUAUGUAUGUCCGCCAAUCUGCUUCUUUUGCUGCUCUGGUUCUAUUCAGACUCCACUUAACUCCAUUCCUAUUACCAAGAUACAUUGAUUCUGCUAGACAGAGUAUUGUUACGGUGCACCGUCUCUACAGAAAUAUGCUUGGCGCCUGGAAAGACGUUGAAAAUGACAUAUCGAGAACAGCAACCGUCUUGGAGAAGCUGAACUUUGUUAUCCUUACCCAUCCUGAGCUUUUCACCAAGACCGAUGGUAUAAUCAUGAGAAUGAGGUCCCAUCUCACUGGCUCAUUGUUCUAUGACUUGGUGUGGUGUAUCCACGAGGCAAGAAGAAGAGAACUGGCUAACGAAAAAAGCGAUGUCAAGUCCGAUAAGAACUCACCAAAGCCUUUACCUCUCCCAUUCUACAACCAAAUUACGAAAGAUGAUUUUAAGACGAUUACGACUACGACCCCCAAUGGUACGACAAUCACUACGCUGGUGCCUACUGACCAGGCUCUGAAUAAUGCCACUGCCUCUGCUACCGCCGCUGGACUGUCCAAACCAACAGAGAUCAAUGGUAUCCCGCUGGCCAUGCUCGAGGCAACAGGCAGCCUGCUUUCUGGAACUAGCAGGCAGCAAGGAUCUGCAGGUUGGCAGCCAAAUUCCAACGUCAAGUCAGAGUCCAAGAAGUUAAAGCCCAAGUCAGCACCAAGAGCCCUUGCGAGCGCAGCGUCUUCUACUCCGAAUGCUAGCAAAAAAAAGAUGAGAAAGAGUGUCGACGAAGUGGAUCAAAGUGUUCCAACCACUGUUCCAACAACCUCUCUCUUCGCCUCUGCUGCCACCAUGAACAAUCCGACCUCGCUCUCGCCUUCUACUGUUGGAACCAAUGAUAUGAGCCAAAGUGAUGGCACUCCGCAGUCCGAGAUUCUGAUUGAUUCUGCCAACGACCAAGUAUUUAUUGACAGCAUAUUCCAGCAGCAGAACGCAAAUUGGUCGGAGACAGGCGAUGACUUCCUGGGCUGGUUUGACACCAACAUGGCACCUGAGUUUUGA